AUGUUUAGUCAUCCGCUUCUUAUUUACGUGGAGAAGUUGACAGUUACUUGUGGAGAUAAAGCUAUUACUAGAAUAGAGUCCAGGAAACUGACUGUUUUGCAUAAAUGAAAAAUUGUUAGAUAAACGUCAUAAAACCGAGUAAAAGAAACUACGAAACAUUGUACAGUGAAAUAAAUGUGAUAUUGUAUAAAACAUACAGAUAUCAAUAUUAAUUUGAUAUGAACUAACGAUAUUCGGCAAAAUCACGGAGAUCGUUUUUUUUGUUGAGAAAACGACGAACGUACCUUGCAGAAGUCCCCAGCAAUCUCCAUUACUUACGCGCUUGCUGUCUGUAAAAGUGUUGAAACAGUAGACUCAACUUUUUCCAGACAAGCCUUGAAACGUUAUUAAAAAAAUAUCCUGAAUAGUAAAAUGGGCUUUUUCCCUAAAAUACAUAAUGUCUUUGUUUAUAUAUCUUUGACAAACAUCAGAUCAUUAGGUUUUGCCGCAGCCAAGCAUAUAAGUCACCUUCCAGUAGCGGAAUCUGUUUUGCGCGGCAAUGCUUCAUUCGAUUGUUUUCAAGUGGCAACACAUUGAUAGUGACUUCUUAGUAAUGAAAUCAGGCACAGCAUAUUGACAACUCCGAAGUAUUCCCGAGACAUGGCUGCUUUAGUGCAAACAACCGAAACCAAGGGUUUUCAAAACUGGUUGCGAGGUGCCCUGGCAGUGCUCUUUGCCAAGCAAGGUCUACAAAGCUUUGUUGUUGAUGAACUGACACAGUUUCAACGGGACCUUUUGACAUUAAUAUUCAAAAACAAUAAUUUACCUACUGGUACCAGGGUAUGUACAAAUUGUACAACUGAAAAUGUUCUUAAGUGCCGCACGCACAAUUUCUGCCCAAAGGGACGGCAGUGCAAUAUGCACGAUGCGUCAGUACCAGACAAGACACCAAAGCCUUGUCCAAAUAAUAUUUGCCAUGCUGUUAAGGAUGCGAUCCGACGUGAACAUAGAUACAACGGACCGUCCUGGAAGAAUGCAAACGCCAAAGGAUGGUGUACCGAUGUCACUGAAAUUGCUAAAUGUUACAUGCCGGAUGGUUACACUAAUGUAACCACAAUUACAGAUACAGACUUUAAUGGUAUAUUGGCAGUCAUCUUGAACAACAAACGCUUCAAAAGUAAAAUGACUGCUCCGCUUAACAGCCCUGUUAAUGUUUGUACAGAGGCACGUGAAGUUAGUCGUGUCAUACGGCAUUCAGCAGAUUUAACUAUUUCGGACACAGAUUUAGCCAAAUACAUUGACAUUCUGAUACGCCUACUGUCAGACCCUGCAUACCUAGCUGCUGACCAAAAUGCGAAGACAGCAGUCGAUAAAUUAAAUCAGCUAAAAACAAACACACUCACAAUUACCUCAGGAGACAUUAUAACAGUUUUGGACAGUACAUUAAAAGAUAUAAUAGAGAAACAACGAGAUAAUGUUGUGCAAGAUGUCAGUGAAGAGAGGAGAAAAGCAAAGGAAGACAUUGAAGACAAGAAGAUACAAGCAAUUAAACAGCUCCUGGGGAAUGUUAAAGCCUCGCUGAACAAUAUGCAAACAGUAACAACCUCAAGCUUAGAUAAAAUCAUAGAAUCAAAACAAUCGGCUUUAAAUGAGAUACAGGUUAAGGCUGAGAAUGAGAGGCAAGAAUUAGCAGCACUAAGUACAAGAGAACAGCAAAGGAUUAAAGAAGCUGUGGACAGAGAAUCAGAUGAAUUCAGAAAUGUCGCAGAAAAAGAAGCUCAAGACAUUAUAACAUUAAGUAAAAGGGAAAAACAGAUCAUCACAGACGAAGCUGGAAAAGAAAUUGAUAAGAUCAUGUCUGUUGCGGAAAAGGAAAAACAAGAACUUACAGCAAUAAGUGAACGACAGAAACAAUCGAUAAAAGAUGAAGCAGGAAAAGAAACAGUAAGUUGUCCUCCACAGCUGAAAGUGUCAGAGAUAAUCACCACAGAAGACAGGCAAAAGGAGCUGGAGAAAAGUUUGAGGGAGGAUCUCUUGAAUUACUACAGACAGUGUUACAAUACAAUUCCUAUCGCUCCACUAGCAGAAGAACAUGACGUAGAACUAGUUGACUUUUAUGUUCAACCUCCACUCACUGCCAUUGAUAUAGAAAAAACGUUCGGCCAACUUCCUGCAACUCCAGCAAGAACAGCAGUACACUCAUACCGCGACCUGUUUCUCGGCAGUGAUUACAAGCUGCACAAAAAUAUCUAUGUCACAGCUAAAGCAGGAAUUGGGAAAACUUCAUUUGUGAAGAAAAUCUGUAUGACUUGGUGCCAAGCUCACAGGCCGUUGGAGAAGAUAAAACAGAAAUUUAAACCAGAUGAUGUACAUGUAAUGAAACAGUUUGAGUAUCUAUUUGUGAUUUCCUUACGGGACACAAACACCUCAAUAUGUGACAUUGAUGGUAUGAUCAACAGCCAGAUCAUCGACAGCUUGGCCGGAGCUCAUCGAUAUUCUGAAUAUUUCGUGAAGGAAAUAUUGCUGCACAGUACGUGUUUGGUUAUAUUAGACGGAUUGGAUGAGUGGUCACAUCCUGCAAGUUGUAGAAGGGGUUGUUCGAAUGUUCACGAAAUGCACAUACCGCACAGACCUGCUAGGGAACGAUGUUCAGUACUAACGACCACCCGCGCUUGGAAACUGGACGUGGCGAAACUGCGUACGAAUCAGAUAGACAGACACGUUGAAAUUACUGAAUUAGAUACAUCCGCGUCAGACCAACUAAUAUCUAAUGCCCUAACUGUAUUGAAUAAAAGAAACUUACAGAACGAGUCAAAGACUAUUAAGGAGUUCCAUGCUGCCACAGACUCCUUGCAAAUCAAAAUCAUACGUUAUAUUCCUUACGUUCUGUUGCAGAUGGUUUGCCUGUGGUUUGACGGAAAGUCAAUAGGAAAAUCCAAAUGUGAAAUAUAUAGCAACGUAAUAGAUCUUACUCUUACAAGAGGGUUAAUGAAGUGCAGAGAAUAUGUUUCCUGCUUAGAAGGUAAUGACGCUGACAUACCUUUCUGCCUCAGGUCAACAGAAUGCUGCAAAACAUUUUAUAGUGAAUUGUUGCGUUUGGGAGUGAUUGCCUUUCAAACACUUUUUGCUUUGGAAGAAGAAUCAAGCCUUGUUUUUGAUAAAACUGUUAUACGAAAUUUUGUCUCAGAUCAAAUGCUCGGAUUUUAUUUGAAAGUAGGUCUCCUCUCACAAAAUAAAGCAUAUGGGCGUGUUGCAGUUAGACAAAGUAGCUUUUCCUUCCAACAUAAAUCUAUACAAGAAUAUUUCGCCGCUCUCUACAUACAGGCAGAAUAUGACAGCGAAGAAAUUCUACAGAAAAUUUCUAACAAAUGUAAUACAUUAGCAGCUAUAUUAGAAAUGUCUAACGUUUUUACUUUUCUUGGUGGGCUUAAGCCUGAUGCUUGUGCAAAGAUUUUACAGUCUCUGCAGAGCACUAGAUCAAGUGACUGGACCGCGCAUAUUUAUAGAAAUCAAGGAUCUAAAUACAUUUUUUAUGAAUACGUGAAUGUUUCUGAUACUUUGAAAACUCUCCAGUCCAUGUAUACUGACAUUGUAAAUGAGGUAUUAAAUAAUGGUCUGAAAUAUGUUCCUCCAUUUCUAGAAGAUAUUUUGUUAGACAAUGCAAUAGAUAAGAAAACAUAUCCAUUACUUAAGUUAUUAAUAAAGAAGAAUAAAUCCAAUAUUAAAUCGCUGUGUAUAAAGGGCUGCCAGACUACAGAAGAGUUCACUGGAAUACUUUACUCACUCGGACUGCAAGAUAUACAAUCUCUGCAUAAACUGGACAUUCAAGCUAUACCGAGACAACAGGAACUCCUUCGUCUCCUCUCAGGAUCAGUGCAUACAUUAACCUGUUUGUGUCUCACCUUUGCACCAUUUAAGAAUAAUGCGCAUUAUCGUGCAUAUAAAAAUACUUUUACCGAAACAAUGAAGACAAUAUUAAGCAUGGAUCAGUUACUGUCACUUGAAUUAGCCGGUGUCUGUAUAACGCAUUUUUAUAUGAAAGCAUUAUUCAGUUUUAUUACUAAGAAAACAGCAAUGACAGAAAUCGCACUAGACAACAUCAAGUGCACAGACCAUAAAGCAGAAUGUACGGGUUAUUGUUUAGACCUAUCUAAACAUCGGAAACUCAAGGUGCUUCGUCUAAAUGACAUAGUUAUAUCAAACCUUCAAGUUAAUACAUCGUCACUCAAGACAUUUUGGUUAGGACAACUGCCGGUAGAUGAUUACUCAUCAUUGCUCAAGGAUCUACAACAUGCAACAUGUCUUCGUAUGAUGUUCAUCAAAUUAACUCAAGGCUUGCUGAGACACCUUACAGAUAUAUUGCCAAAGUUAGAAAACUUGAAACUUUUGAUUAUUUAUAAUUCUAAUCUUAGAGAUAAAUCAUUCACCGUGCCGAUUGAAAUGACAAGCAUAGAGGUGGUGUGGUUCUGUCAGGUAACAAUGACAAGUACGGCACUGAGAAAACUCAUUGCUAGUAUAGACAUGUUACCACAGUCAGUUACUAUAUCACUGAUGGCGUGUACCGUGAUACAGCAGGAGGAGUACGAACAGAUAAAGGAUGAGAUAAAAGUAUCGACACAAUACAAAGUCAUGUAUGACGGGUUGGACCAAGACAAUACGUAUCGUUUUGCAUUUCAAACUGUCGGUCAGAAUCUGCGCCAAUCAACUUAAAUGAUGCUUCUAAAAUGAAGAAUAUAAUAUAACGGCACAUAUCUACACACUUUGAUAGAAGUAUGUGUUUAAUAUGACCGGGAUAAAAAUGUACAUAAUGUUUAGAGUAGUAUUAGGCAACAAACACAUUUGCUUUACAUUAUACAAUAAAUUAUUAUUUUUUUGCGAUUGUGUUCUAUUUGAUUAAUAAAAUGUUUUUAAAUACAUCGAAAUGU